UUUUUCUAAUAAAUUCUCAGAGCGCACGCAAAUGACCUGGCACAGAGAAUAGACGCAACUGCCGAGAUUCUGGCAAGACUUCUGCAAUGUUGGCGGACUGACCAGAAAAAAAAAAGCCGCGGCGUAGAAAAGUCAUCUGGCUACUAGUACCGAGUUGGGUCACUCACUAAUUACGUAUUGUCCACAUCCGUCUCUUACAAGUGGCAAUUAGGGUCAAGUGAAUAAAAGCGCGUGGACUUACAGUGAGUUAGUAUUUUGUGGAGUGGCCGGCAAGAUGGCUACGACGGUCUUACAGGGAUACCUUCUCAUGAUCCUAAUCAAAACGUCUCUGCAAGGAGGUGUUCCUGGAGCAGCUGGAGUUCAAGGAAUACUAGGACGCCUCUUUCUUCCAAGUUCAUAUUUUCGCAGCACUGGGGUGCAGGCUCCUGGACCUGGAAUUCUACAGCAACAAAUAGCUGCUGCAUCGAAAGCAGCCAAAUUUGCGGGAAGAGGAUUACCUGGUUCCAUUCCAGGAGCAGCAUACCCUUACAAGGCUGGACCUGGAGCUGGAAUUUUAGGUGCUGGAGUUCCAGGUGCUGGAGUUCCAGGUGCUGGAGUUCCAGGUGCUGGAAUUCCAGGUGCUGGAGUUCCAGGUGCAGUUGUGCCAGGGUUAUAUCCAGGUGCAAGAACUCAUGGACUGGGUGUGCUUCCUGGUGUACCAACUGGGACUGGUUUGAAAGCUAAACCAGGUGUUGGUGGCCAGUAUGGGUACCCAGCAGGUUAUGGUGGCUUUGGAGUAGGAGUACCUGUUGGUUAUCCUGUGCUCUCUCCUAAACUACCAGGUGGCUAUGGAAUUCCAUACAGUGCUGGUGGAUAUGCAGCAGCCAAAGCUGCUAAAUACGCAGGAGGUGUACCAGGCCAGGUUCCAGGAGGUGUACCAGGCCAGGUUCCAGGAGGUGUACUAGGCCAGGUUCCAGGGGCUGUACCAGGCCAGGUUCCAGGGGCUGUACCAGGCCAGGUUCCAGGAGGCAUUUCAGGUGGACUCGCAGCAGCUAAAGCUGCUAAAUUUGGAGGAGGUGUACCAGGCCAGGUUCCAGGGGGUGUACCAGGCCAGGUUCCAGGAGGCAUACCAGGCCAGGUUCCAGGAGGCAUUUCAGGUGGAUAUGCAGCCGCUAAAGCUGCUAAAUUUGGAGGAGGUGUACCAGGCCAGGUUCUAGGAGGUGUACCAGGCCAGAUUCCAGGAGGCAUUUCAGAUGGAAUUGCAGCAGCAGCUAAAGCUGCUAAAUAUGGAGGAGGUGUACCAGGUCAAGUUCCAGUUGGUGGACGUGGAUACAUUCCAGGAGAUGGAUAUGCAGCUGCUAAAGCUGCAAAAUAUGGAGGUGGUGUACCAGGACUAGGUCCAGGAGGUAGAGUUGGUCCAGGAGGCUUUCCAUGGCGAGGAGCAGGAGCUCUGCCAUGGCGUGCACCUGGUGGCUUUGUCGGAGCUGUUCCAGGAGGGGUUCCAGGUGGAUAUGCAUCAGCGAAAGCUGCUAAAUACGGAGGAGCAAUUCCAGGAGCUGUUCCAGGAGCUAUAGCAGGUGGUCCAGGAGCUGUACCUGGAGCUCAGCCAGGUGUUGUACCUGGUGCAGCUGCUGCAGCUAAAGCUGCAAAAUAUGGAGGUGCUCCAGGAGCUGUAACAGGUGCUGAAGGAGCUGUUCAACCUGGAGUUCAGGGAGGUGUUGGAGUAGGUGUGCAGCCGGGCGCUGGGGUUGGUGUGCAGCCAGGCGCUGGAGGUGUCCAACCUGGCCUUGGAGUUGGUGGAGCUGCUGCAUCUAAAGCUGCUAAAUAUGGAGGUCUUGGAGUGGGUAUGCAGCCUGGCGUCGGAGUGGGUGUGCAGCCUGGCGUCGGAAUCGGUGUGCAGCCUGGCGUCGGAAUCGGUGUGCAGCCUGGCGUCGGAGUGGGUGUGCAGCCUGGCGUCGGAGUAGGUGUGCAGCCUGGCGUCGGAGUAGGUGUGCAGCCUGGCGUCGGAGUGGGUGGAGCUGCUGCAUCUAAAGCUGCUAAAUAUCAAGGCCUUGGAGUGGGUGUGCAGCCUGGUGUUGGAGUAGGUGUACAGAUGGGCCCUGGAAUGGGAGUCCAGCCUGGCACAGGAAUUGGCCAGCCUGGCGUCGGAGUGGGUGGAGUUGCUGCAUCUAAAGCUGCUAAAUAUGGAGUAGGUCUUGGAGUAGGGGUCCAGCCUGGCGUCGGAGUAGGGGUCCAGCCUGGCAUCGGAGUAGGGGCCCAGCCUGGCGUCGGUGUGGGUGGACUUACUGCAGCUAAAGUUGCUAAGUAUAGAGGCCUUGGAUUGGGUGUGCAACCUGGCGCAGGAGUAGGAGUAGGAGUCCAGCCUGGAACAGGAGUAGGUGGUCUGCCUGGCAUCGGAGUGGGUGCUACAGGUAAAGCUGCCAAAUAUAGAGGUGUUGGCGUGGGUGUGCAGCCUGGCGUUGGAGUAGGUGUGCAGCCAGGUGUUGGAGUAGGUGUGCAGCCAGGUGUUGGUGUGGGUGUGCAGCCUGGCGUUGGAGUGGGCGUACAACCUGGCAUCGGAGUGGGUGUUAAUGGAGUUCGACCCAGCAGUGCUCCACUGACUCCUCAACCAGGUGGAGUGCAACCAGGCCUUGGAGCUAAAGCAGCCAAGCUAGGGCAAGGAGGCUAUGGUGGAUACCUACCCUAUUAUCAACCUGGAGUUGGAAUUGGAUACGGAGCUGGAACUGGACAGCUAGGAGGUCUACAGACCGCAGGUAAACCUCCUAAACAGUAUGGGGCACUGAGCCAGUUUGGGUAUCCUUAUGGGAGAGGAUCCCCUUGUGCAAUGGGAAAAUAUUGUGGCCGAAGGAGAAAAUAAAUAAAUAAUUGGAAAAGAAGUGACCUCAAGAAUUCUGGUGCUACUGCAUGAUUCGGAAUGUAAAGGAUGGUGUGGAAUGGAAUGCCCCUCACCACCAUCCCCCACCUUUCUUCAUUUCAUCUAUGAAAAAAUUUGGCUGCAUACAUUAUCAGUAUCUAAUGGACUUUGUUAUCAAAGAAGCUGUGCUAUACACUGUGUGCUUCAAGCAUUUAGGGACCAGCUUACAACUGAGUCCUUUGCUGUUAAUCUCAUUCAUAGUAAACACCAUCCUUGACUUGAUUUGUUUGUUUUGUGACUCUAACUCCAGUAUUUUUAAGUUAUAAAAUUGUGUUAUUAAUUUUUAGUGGCUUGUGCUUUGCUUUACAAACUGUACUGUGAGUGAUACCUGGAUUGUACAGCUGGGCCGUAGCUCCAACCCCUGCCAUAAUUUUGGUGCUGAUGAAAAUCUAUUUUUGAGAAUGGCAGCUGUAUUCAUACAAAUGAUGGCUCAACCCUAAUGAGUGGGGCCUGAAGUGACCAAUGCAACUUUUGCAUAUUGUUUUUCUAUAUGUUUGUCCACAUGGCUAACAAGACUUUGGACUUGGAAGUCAAAUUAGCUUCCUGGCCAUAAGAUUCCUGGAAAGAUCUGGCUACUUUGGUUUGGUAGGCUUUGAAGUUUAUACAAGCUGAAUGACAUUGGGACAGAUUUUUCCCCUCCUACACUUGAAGCUAAUUAAUUUCUUACACACAAUAAAUUCAGGAAUAUUGGGCCAGUUAUCCUACUUUAUAUUUCUUCCUACAUUAUUUUCCUGUACCCAUUAACCCUGAAUGGCUCAGACCGUCAGGUUCGGUAUAAGGAAAACCUACUCCCAAGCUAUGAUAACAUUAAUCCUUCAUCAUUGGCAGUGGUGUGGCUAGGAUGUUACUACCUCCAGGAGCAGGGUAAAUAAAUGAACUCGGCACAUUUUAACAAUCUGAUUACCUCCACAGCAUUAAUUGGUUAUGAUUUUUAUUUGAUUGAAAUAUCCUCUUGGAAUUCUGUCAAAUGAAUUAGUUGGGUUCAAAUUUAUCCAACAGAUAUUUUGCUCCUAAAAUGAAUAACUUUCCAAUUAAUCCUAGCUCAUCCCCAAUUUAGUAAUAUUGUAAAGCAGUUUAAAAUCCUGCUGUCAAGAAAUGAACCCCUGUCCAUAUUGCAUGCUGUUAUAAAUUCUUACAGCACAACAGUGCAGUCUCAGGCAUCAUCUUCUAAAAUUAAUAAUACAAUAAGAGGAUAUAUAGACAUUAUUGCACAUGAUUAUUAGAUUGUAACUGAAGGGGCCAACUGAAUUGUGAAAAUGCAGAAGCCCACCACAGCCACUCCUUUUCUUUCUGCUUUCUGUGUCCACUUUCUCUAGCGCUAAUUUGUUUUUCUUUGACUGUCUUGUCUGUAAAGUAGAAAUUAUGAUCAGCACUAUUCUUGAAACAGGUUUAACCGUUAGAUUUUUAACAAAUUCAAUGCCUGGAUCAAAGUAGAUUUGAUAUGAGCACCUUAAGUAUCCUUCAUAGAUGCUGAUCAGAAUUUCUAUUCUUAACAUAACUCAUUAUUUCCAUCAUGCACCUCUUUUGAUAAGUGAUAUGCUAUAGUAUGUAAUACUUUACAUCAGUCUGCGAUAAUAAGUACUGUAGCAGAUCUUGAGCCCCAACAUUGGUGUAUUGCUUCAGGUUUGGUGUAAUGCCCAUUCGCUGUAUCUUUAUAAACUGUGUGAAUGAGAAAAUACUGGAUGGACAACAAUUCAGUAACAGCUUUGAAAAUAAACAGAAUUGUUUAAAUAUAUAU